AUGGCUAUCUUUGUGGCACAAAGGAUCUUCCACCAUCCACAGAGUAAGCUUAGCUAUCUACUUCUGCAAUGCAUAUGCCACUAUAUUGAUCUCGACAUUUACACUGGAUUUGAGGUUCACACUGAAGAUACAAUUUCUGCAGGAAGACAUGCUCUGCAGGAAUUUUCAGCGCUGAUGGAGGAGUAUAUUCUCAAAUCACAGCCUGUAACAGGCAAGGACUGGAAUUUCCCCAAGAAACCCGCAAGUUCACAUCUAUUUGACAAUAUCUUGGCGAAAGGCACAACACAAAACUACAACACAAAACCGAAUGAGAAGAUGCAGAGCCCCAUGAGGGACAUCUACCACAAUCGAACAAAUUUCAAGGACGUUGCUACACAGUUGGAUGAGUACAAUCAGAAAGCCAACCUCCCAACAGACAUCUCAUUUGCAAGUCUUGAGCAGUUGCAUGCAGAUGACAGGGCCUUCAUUGGUUUUUGGAUCAAACUCAAUGUCUUCCUGAACACAUUCUUCCCCAGUAAUGAUAUUCCUUUACCAAAUGAUAAGUGCAUUCAUUUGCAGGCUGACAACAAGAUUGCUGGAUACAAAUAUCUGCAAGUCAACUACGAGUCUGUGGUCGACUGGGGCCAGUGCAAAGACCUCCUUCGAUGCAACCCCAAGUUCUUUGGAUCUCUGCAAUAUGAUUGUGUUAUGGUUCAAACCAACAAUCAAUCAUUUUUUGCUCGCCUUAUCUUCAUGUUCGCAAACAUGAUACUGAUCUGGGACUAUGUCAUAUAUGAGCUAAACCUCGGUCAUCUCCUGAAUUCAUCUCUGUAA